AUGAGGUCGUUACUUCUGUCGGCGAAAUGUUCAAGACAGGAUGUUUUGGUUCAGUUUUGGGCACCAGUAACUACCCCUGGUGGAAAGAAGAUGCUCACAGUAUCUCAGCAACCAUUCGGAUUUGGUGAACUGUGUAAUGGACUCUGUAGAUACCGAUGCUUUUGCAUUGAUCAACAAGGCUUUGUGGGAGAAGAUAUCAGUCAAAUUGGUCCUCCCGCCAGGGUUUUCCAACAAGGAUCCCCUGAAUUUUGUCCCAACAUAGAGCUUUACACUCCACAGGAGUUUCCGAUGGGGCGAUAUGCGAGAUCCUGCGGCAUUGUAAGUUACAGGGCUUUGCCACUCUUCCAAAUUAGAAAUCAUGAUGGCAGCCAGCAGCAGCACAACUGUGUUGGAGUACUGGAGAUUCUUUCAUUAGGUACACUUGUUAAUUUGGAAUUGGAAUCACUCCAGGAUUUAGGCCUUUCUCGUCCUGAUUCACAUUCGGACGAAUGCAUAAGAAACCGACAAUCAAACUUGGACCUGAAGAAUGUGUGGGAAUUUAUGAUGACAGAGCACAAUCUACCUCUUAUUCAGGUCUGGGUGCCCUGUAUGUGUGAUUCUCCAGGGGAUAAUAAUAACACCUCAUCAAGUAGGAAUAGGAUACUCUGCCAAUUCACAUAUAGCAACUGGUGUAAUAUGAAGUAUUCUAGGAUGUUUGAUCAACUGACCUGUGAAGCCGAGACAUGUUUUGUCACGAAUGGUAAGAGUUGGGUUGGCAAAGCAUGUUCGCUCAACAAAAUUUGCUCUUUCAAAGACACAAACCUAUUCAGCAUAUCCGAUUACCCUCUUGUUCAUUUGAUUCGUUCAUCCGAUGUCCGCGCUUGUUUGGCGAUUCCCUUGAAAUUACUUCAUCCCCAGCUCCCCCCUUUCAUAAUAGAAGUCUUUCUUCCUCCACCUGACCAAAACUGGGAUGGCAAUUUGGUUGCAUUGUUGACGUUGUUAUUGUCCACAGUGGCUAGAGGACUAAUUGUGCUGGAAUGGACGCCAGUUGAGGGAUCAUGUGUGAAAUUCGCUGGCGCGGAUGGUGAUAAUUAUUUCUACUUCGAUAUAAUCCAAGAUGGAGAUAGGGCCUUAGAAAAUGGAAGAGAAGGCCUUCAAUUUCAGCAGUCUGAAACGUUUGGUGCAGUGAAACGUUUGGGAGAGUUUUCACCAAUGGUGAGGUUGGAAUCAAUUGGGAUGCUGACCCACAACUUCCAGAAGCUACAGAGAAUCUUAGUCGAGGCAAUCAAAUCUCAAGCAUUGAAGCACCACAAUUAG